GAUUGCACGCCUACGGAUCAAGGUAGGAGUAACGUUUAUCACAUUAUUAUUAAUACUACAUUCUUAUCGGCGAGCGUUCGGCCAAAGGCUAAUCCUGGCUAGACUCGACGCGCACCUCGAUAGUACCGGUAAUAGAUCACCUAACCAAUACGGGUAUCGCCAAGGUAGUUCGACUUCAGACGCUAUUGAACGACUGCUGAACGCUACACACUACGCAGCUUUAGAUGUGGCACAACACCGGGACAUAUGCGUGGCCGUAUAUAUCGAAGUGAAGAACGCAUUCAACACGGCGCCCUGGAAGAAAGUGGAUAAUGCUCUCCGGGACAGAAAUGUACCCUCGUGUCUCGUGAAAAUGAUAAGAUUCUACUUACAGGAUCGAUCCAUAUUGGUCGGAGAAACACUUCACCGUCAAUGAACGACGGGAGGCGUUCCCCAGGGCUUGGUCUUUGGACCGACCUUGUGGAAUGUUUUUUACGACGAUUUACUAGAAAACCCGUCAGGUGUCCAACCCGUGGAAUUUGCUGAUAAUGUGUGCGUCAUAGGCAUCGCCCGCACAGGCGAAGCAGCCGCAACUAUACUUAAUCCUGUGCUUGCUAAGGUAUCGGCUUGGAUGGAACAAAGCGGACUAAAGCUAGCCCCUACAAAAACCGAGGCCGUAGUUUUGACAAUAAAAAACAAAUACGUCAAACCGGAGCUCUAGGUUGAAGGACACGUAAUUUCUAUCAAACGGUCAAUGUGAUACCUUGGCGUUGAGAUCGACACGCGGCUCUCGUUCACCAAACAUAUACAACAGGCAGCCCGCAAGGCUGCUGAUUCAGCGAAUGCCAUAGGCAGACUGAAGCCCAACCUAGGCGUACCAUCGCAAAACAAAGGAGUAUUCCUUGGCACUGUGGUAAAUAGCAAGAUGAUCGGCGAGGAUUCUGUUCCUAACUCAACAAAUGUGAUUAUUGUGAUAAGAUAUACAACAGAAAUCUAA